AAUGCCAUUACAUAUUCCUAUAAUAUCCAAUAUCAUCCGUUCAUCACCACCAUACAAAAGCACACGUUUCUAUGGGUACAAAUAAUUGAAUAGAUAUAUAUGUAUUAUAGCAUUGCACCUACCAUUAAAAUCUUACGUGUCCCAGUUUCACCUACGUGGCAGCUCACAAUUUCAUGCAAAUCCGCAGCCAACACGUACGUGUGAAGACCUCAUCAACAUGCAGAAACAUACAAUUCUUUCUUCUGCAAAUUAAACCCACUUCACCUCUUUCAAUAUAAACAACAAACCUUCUGCCUCCAAUUCCAACCCCACUGCACAUCCAAAUCUUCAAAUUUGAGAGAGAGAACUCGUUUAUAAAACCUAGAAAAAUUUGAGGUUUCCAAAACUAGAAGAAAAAAAAUUGAAGCUCGAUAUUAGGUGUGGAUAUGGCGGAUUUGCGCGACGAGCACGGCAACCCGAUCCAGCUGGCGGAUCAGUUCGGCAAACCGGUUCAGCUCACCGACGAGCACGGCAAUCCCAUGCACAUCACGGGCGUCGCCACCACGCACGGCAAGGCUGCGCCGCCGCCGCCGCCGCCACCGGUUCCCGUGGCCGAACCGCUGCACGCGCCCGAACCUCAGCAUCAUCAGCAGCUGCAAGAGCAACUCCGGCGCUCGGGCAGCUCCAGCUCUAGCUCCUCUGAGGAUGAUGGGGAAGGGGGCAGAAGGAAGAAGAAAGGGGUGAAAGAGAAAAUAAAGGAGACCUUCGGCGGAGGGAAGCAAAAAGAGUCGACUGCGGUCCCACACGAGAGCGCGGCGCCAACCACGAAGACGACGGUGCCUCCGACGACUACGAGUACGACGGUGCCCGGUCACGAGAAGAAGGGCAUAAUGGAGAAGAUCAAGGAGAAGCUCCCCGGCCACCACCACAAUCACUAAGGCUGCUCAAGGAGAAGAAAAAACAAAUAAUCAUAUAUAUAAACGAUGCUGGUUGUGUAUUUUUAGCUAGCUGGCCUUCUUUUUUUAUUAAAUGUUUUUUGUUUUGUUUUGCUUGUUGUGAUUAUAUCCAUGUAUGUUUGAAGUUUUGGGGUUUCGUGCUAUAUAUUGGACAUGAAAUGAAACCUUGUGGACAUUUAUUGUGUA